AUGAGUUUGUGGGAAGGAGAAUUUAGCCGUAAACGACCUACACGUCGUGGGAAAUCAACUCGUCAAAAAUUAACAACAGAAGUUCAGGGCGCCAAUAACGAAACAAGCACUUCACCUGCUGUUGAGGUUAUCACGGAAGACGAUGGUCUUGAUCUAACUAAUGAAGAACGACGUCACCUUUUAUCAUUUUUUAACGAUGCCGUAUUGGAAGAACUCACUUUGAUGCCAGGGUGUUCCUGGAAAACCGCACAGGCUAUUAUCAAUAUGCGCCCGUUUAAAAAUACGAAAGACUUGGUUUCUCAACUGUCGAGAGUUCGCCAUCUUUCCUCUAAUUUAUAUGAAUGCUGUAAAGAUAUUUUAGAAGUACGUUCUUCAGUUAUCCGUUUACUAAAUAAGUGUGAGCGUCUAACUAAACAAGUUGCUAGUCAUGCGACACGUUUGCUUGAAAAUACCAUCGCUUUACCUGAAAAUUAUAUCACUGAUCAAAAUCAACCUGAUGAAGUUGAUCAUGAACAUGAUGACUUCACCAUAAACAAAACAAAUGGUUAUCCCGUUCAACUAGUGACUCAGCAGCCCGCCAUUUUAAACCCUUUGCGUGAAUUAAAACCCUACCAACUCGUUGGUUUAAACUGGCUUCGUCUACUACACCACGAACAAGUCAAUGGAAUACUAGCAGAUGAAAUGGGCCUCGGAAAAACAGUUCAAGCUAUUGCCUUCCUAGCUAGCCUUUGGGAAAGUGGAAAUCGUGGACCUCAUCUCAUCAUUUGUCCAAGUUCAACUCAGGAUAGUUGGCAGCGAUCUGCAGAACAACGAAAGGCGAUCCGAUUGAAAAUUUAUGAAUCUGACUCUCAACUUGAUUUUAAUAUACUAUUAACUAGCUAUGUUGUUGGCACAAGUGCUUUUGAAGACAGAGCUUUAAUGAAACGCGUGAACUUCCAUUAUGGGAUUUUCGAUGAAGCACACAUGCUAAAAAAUAUGACUUCUCAACGUUAUCGAAAUCUGAUGAAUUUUAAAGUUCAACGACGUUUACUUCUUACAGGCACACCUCUUCAAAACAACUUGUUGGAGCUUGUAUCUCUGUUAUCAUUUGUUAUGCCAGAAAUGUUCUUGAAAAGCACAGAUCUGCUGAAAAGGAUUUUUCAGAUUUACUCAAAACCCAUGAAUUCCCGUGAGGAAGAUCAGUCAGCGAACAACAGUCCUAUUCGAAGCAGUUUUGAAGAAGAACGCCUGGUUCAAGCUAAAGGUCUACUUCAACCAUUUUGUUUACGACGAUUAAAAUCACAAGUCCUUGGGCAGCUUCCUCCAAAAACCAGCGAAGUGGUUUUGGUAGCGAUGACAAAGACCCAAGCAACCCACUACUACGAUCUUGUUAAACGGCUACGUUCCCAGCGGUCGUUUUAUGAUACAAACAGCAAUAGUCAAGAUCCCUCGCUUCUCUUGAACAAUGAAUGUGAAGAUGGUGAUGAAAAUGCUGAUCCAGAUGAUAGUGAUCCAAAAAGUGAAUGUACACCAAGAAAAAAAGCCCGUUUAGAUAAUUAUACAACAGUCACUUCUAGAUCCAUUUCUGAGCCUCUCCAGUCACCGUGCAACAUGGUUACAGCGUUGCGCAAGGCAGCAAAUCACCAGGCUCUUUUUUCUGGUCUUGCAUACACAGACUCAAACCUUCGGGAUAUUGCAGAAUCUUUGCAUUUAGAUCCAAGUCACUCUAAUUCUGAUUCCAAUCUUAUCUAUGAAGACCUACUUGCAAUGAGUGAUCAUCAGAUAAAUAAACUAUGUCAGUUUUACGAGGUUUUAUCACCAUAUACUCUCUCCCCUGAAUCGAUCAUCUCUGGAUCUGGAAAAAUUCAGUGGUUAAAUAACAAUUUGCCUAAAUUAAUCUGUGAAGGACAUCGUAUUUUGAUUUUUAGUCAAUUUGUCAUCAUGUUAGAUAUAUUGGAGGAAUUUUUAAGGAUAACUAACAGGCGUUAUAUACGAAUGGAUGGAUCAACUCCUGUCUCGGAACGACAAACAUUAAUAGAUCGUUUCAACAGCUCAUCGAUUGAAGUUUUUCUACUAUCUACACGUGCUGGUGGCCUAGGUAUUAGUUUAACUGGUGCAGAUACUGUAAUUAUACAUGAUAUCGACUUCAAUCCAUAUAAUGAUAGACAAGCAGAGGAUCGCUGCCAUCGACUUGGUCAGAAAAACCCUGUUCACGUCAUACGACUAAUCUCUGAAGGUACUUUAGAAGAGGGUAUGCUGCGUAUUGCAUCUGAGAAAUUACAAAUGGAACAGAAUGUAACAGGUUGCGUAUCUGAAUACAACAUAGAACGGACCGAGGAAUCUGAAUACACUACUCGUGUUAGUUCCCGGAAUAGAAAAUCAAAGGCAACUAAUAUUUUACCAUGUUCCAGUCUAGACGGUAUAACAGAUAAUGGAAAUGUUUUCAAAGUCCUUGGUAAUUGGAAACCAACUACCUCGGAUCUCAGUUUAUCCAUUGCGGAUCAUAUAUCAUCGAAUCGAAUUAGUGAACGAGAUGUUCGUUCUCUUCUUUCAGAUGCUUUGAAAUUGUAG